UGGUAUUUUUUAACUAUGGUGACGUUGCAGAGCUUCCCGUUUUGUAACGUGCCACACCGGGUUACCAAACAGUUCUGCCAAACAGCCUCGACCAAGUGGUAUUUUAACUGUUUUAAGACACUAUUAAGGUUCACAGGCAUGGCUCAUACAUGUAUUCACUGGUUCCGCAAGGGACUCAGAUUGCACGACAACCCAGCACUGAUGGCUGCUUUGAGGGACUGUAAGGAGUUGUACCCCGUGUUCAUUCUGGACCCUUACCUCCAUAACAACACCUGUGUGGGUAUCAACCGCUGGAGGUUCCUCGUCGGAGCCCUCAGGGAUCUGGACUGCAGCCUCAGGAAACUCAACUCCAGGCUGUUUGUUGUGAGAGGGAAGCCUGAGGAAGUGUUCCCCAAGCUGUUUGACAAGUGGAAAGUAACCAAGUUGACCUAUGAGUAUGACACAGAGCCCUACAGUCUGAGCCGGGACAAAACAGUGACCACACUGGCCAAAGAACAUGGAGUCGAAGUCCUCUACAAGAUCUCACACACUCUUUAUGAUAUAGACAGGAUAAUUGAGGAAAAUAAUGGGAAGGCUCCCCUUACUUAUAACCGAAUGCGGGCAAUAGUGAAGACUCUUGGACCCCCUAAGAGACCCAUCCCAGCUCCAAUCAUGGAAGAUACAAAAGAUGUGAAGACGCCUUGUUCAGAAAACGAUGAAAAGAAAUAUGGAAUCCCUACGCUGGAGGAGCUCGGCCAGGACGUGGCACCUCUUGGACAGGAGCAGUUCCCAGGAGGAGAACAGGAGGCUCUGAGGAGACUAGACGAACAUAUGCAGAGAACGGGAUGGGUGUGUGGCUUUGAAAAGCCGCAGACUUCUCCAAACUCUUUGAGCCCCAGCACCACUGUCCUUAGUCCAUACAUCACUUUUGGCUGUCUGUCUGCACGCACCUUCUGGUGGAGGCUGACAGAUGUCUAUCAGGGGAAGAAGCACUCAGAUCCUCCAGUUUCCCUGCACGGUCAGCUUCUGUGGAGAGAGUUCUUCUACACCGCUAGUGUGGGUAUCCUAAAUUUUGACAAGGGGGAAGGCAACCCUGUAGGCAUUCCUGUCACCUGGAGUUGUGUACCCUUAAGGUCGGGAUGGUUUCCCCCCAUGAUGCCAUCAUGGGGCUCAUUGAGACAGGAGGGCUGGAUCCACCACCUGGCCAGACAUGCCGUUGCUUGUUUUCUCACCAGGGGAGAUCUGUGGAUCAGCUGGGAAGAAGGACAGAAGGUGUUUGAGGAGCUUUUAUUGGAUGGCGACUGGGCUCUGAAUGCUGGAAACUGGCAGUGGCUCUCAGCAAGUGCCUUCUUCCACCAGUUCUUCAGAGUCUACUCCCCUGUCGCAUUUGGCAAGAAGACAGACAAAAAUGGAGACUACAUCAAAAAGUACCUUCCUCUUCUGAAGAAGUUCCCGCCCCAGUAUAUCUAUGAGCCUUGGAAAGCUCCAUGCAGUGUCCAGCAGGCAGCAGGAUGCAUUGUGGGGCAAGACUACCCGCGUCCCAUUGUUCAGCAUGAAGUGAUCAGCAAAAAGAACAUCCAGAGGAUGAAGUUAGCUUAUGCCAAGAGAGCAGACCCUGCUGAAUCACCCAACAAAUCACCCAGCAAAAAACAAGGUACAAAGCGCAAGGCUCCAUCUGUCAUUGACAAGAUGAGGAGAAAGAUAGAAAAGUAAUAGUACACAGAUGAAUGCAAAGUAAUAGGGUUAUUGUGUAACUAUGACUGUUUCUUUAUGUGUGUGUGUGGUGUGUGUGUGUGUGUGUGUGUGUGUGGUGUGGGUGUGUGUGUGUGUGUGUGUGUGUGUGUGUGUGUGUGUGUGUGUGUGUGUGUGUGUGUGU